AUGUCGCAACGACCGCUUCCAACGGGUGCACCGCCCGCGGUGAUCAGCGUCGUUCGACGCCCACUCGCUCCCAGCGCUCGAUCCAACAUCGCCCCGGCCACAGCAUCCACUGCCGCAGCGCAGCCCGCAAAGGCACAGAUCAAGCUCGAGGACCGCCUCUCCAAAGCCGAGGCAAAGAUCCAAGACCUGCAGCGAGAAAAGGAUACUGCGCACAACCAGCUCGGCGACCUGCAGACCGAGCUCCGUCUCGCCGCACAGCGCGAAGCCAAGCUCAAGCACGGCAUCGAGAAGUGGGAGAAGGCGCAUGCAUCGCUCAAGGAGAAGAGCAGCAAGCUCUCCGACCUCCAGGCGCGUCUCGCAGAGCUGCACAAGGUCCAUGAGGAGUCCAAGGCACGCCGACAGAGCGAGAUCGAUGACCUCACCGAAAGGCUCCGCAAGGAACAGGACAGGCGCAAGCACGAGCUCAACGAAGCGCGUCAGUCUAUUGCCACAGAAAGCGCAAAGUGGCAGCAAUACCAGACCAAGUGCUCCGCCCUCCAGGCCGAGCUCGACGCGCUCAAACUGCAAGGUUCCGCGUCGCACGAUCUGGUGGCCGAAAAGCAGAAGCAAAUCGACGAGCUUCAGGCAGAGCGCGAUUCGGACAAGGUGAUUCUGAUCGAUUCGCAAAAGUACGCGCGCAAGAUCGAAAACGAGUUCAACGCACGCAUCCAGGAGCUUCAGGCCCAGCUGGAUGCCAAGACGGACGAGGCGGCGCGCAGCGCUCGUGACCAACAGGCCGCAGCCGAGCAGGAGCGCUCCGAGAUGCACGACGAGCUCGAGGAGCUGCAGCUCGAGCUCGAGCAGACCGAGCAACAGUAUGCGCACAACCUCACCGUGAUCGCAAAGGCGGUAUCGGAGCAGAUCGAUGCCGUCAAGCUCGGCUCUCGCGCAGAGACGCAAUCCUGGAUGGCAAGGUGGCACCACGCCGCCUCGCAGCAAAUCCAACUCGAGUCGCUCUCCGACGAGCGCGCAGCUCAGAUCCACGAGCUCGUCGCCGUCGUCAAGCAGGUCCAGGACGAUCGUGACACUGCCAAGCGUCUCGCCGCCACGCUACAGGCUGAUCUCGUCAGCAUCACAACAGAGCUCCACGCCGAACGUCACCUCGCUGACACGCUCAUCGCACAGCAGCUCGAGGAUCAGCAACAGCGUCAGAGCACGCAGCAGACUUCAGCAAGCGACUCGAAUUCGGAAGGAGAGAUCGACGCAGGCGACAUGUCGUCAGCGCUGCUGCGUGUGCAUCUCGACGACGUCCAGUCGCACAACGCCAUGCUUCAGCAAGAGGCGAGUGAGCUGCAGCAGCUCGUCCUUUCUCGCUCCAACGACGCCAAGCAAGCCGAGGAAGCGCUCGCAGCCGUGCGCGCACAAGUCGCAACGCUCGAGACCUCGGUGGCUGCCAAGACGCGCGAGGUGGACAACCUCGUCUCGCAGCUCGCCGAGCUCGAGCCUCUGCGUCGUCGACUUGCGGGCGCGCUGGAAGAGGCAGCAGCGGCCAAGAAGGAGGCACAGGCGCAGACCGAAGCCGCACGAUCCAUCGCUGCGUCUUUGCAGAAUGCACGCGUGGCCGAGGAGGCAUGGCGCGACGAGCGCGAUCGCAUGGCGGCACUCCUCGACCACGCCGAGCACUUCGAAGCGCUCUACCACGAGCUCGCCGAGCAGGCCAAACAUCUCGUCGAGCGCAACGCGCUGGCCGAGCAGGAGAAGGCUACGCUGUCGGCGCUCAAUGCCGAGCUGCUGGGACACAACAACCCCAACCAGAAGAUCAUGUACAUGGAUCGCGUGCGACACGAGCUCGACGACGCCAGGCGCGACAACGUCGGCCUCCGCAUGCACAUCGAGCGCCUCGAGCACGAGAAUGCGCAGCUCAGCCGCGAGCUCGCCAGCUUCAGGGCGGUCGAUGUGCCGCUGAGCCAGCGACCCAGGACCGAAGUCACGCGCGUGCUCAGGGCGUCCGCCGAUCCAGCACAGCUGCUCCGCAAGGUCUCGGCUGCAGCUGCGACACCAGCAGCCAAGGUGGAGCUGCCCAGAGCGGAGCAGCGUGUCUCGACGCCGGUCAGGACGAACUUUGCGCCGAUUACCAACGCGACGCCCUUCUCCGCUGCGCGCCCAAGAUUCAGCGCGCAGCCGCUGCUGCCGGAAGUGCACAAGGCGGUGGAGGCAGCGCCCAAGCAGGCGCGCAAGCAAGAGGAGGAGGCGCCGCAGCGGGUAGCAGAGCCGCUGGCACACCCGCCACUGCCCGUGCACACGGGGCUUUCCAUCAAGAAGCGCCGCUCGUACGGAAACCUGUCUGUACACGCGAUCGAGGCGGACGAUGCAGCGGCGGAAGAGACUGAACACCAGGAGGCGGUGGAUGACGAUACGCUGCUUGCCAAUGCGGUCGAAAUCGAGGCAGACGAGGUGGCUGUCAAGAGGGAUGCGAAGCGCAAUGCGCCGCGGGCGACGCUGGUCAACAGUGGAGCGUUGCGCGUCGGUGGUGCACCCUCGAUGCCUGCUCCUGCUCCUGCGGCUGCUACGACGCAGGUGGACAGCAUGGCUGCUGCGAGUGUAAGUGCGGUGCGAACGCCGAGUCUGGCCACGUCGUCACUGGGGAUCAAGGCGCGGCGUGUAUCGGAGAUCGUGCGUGCAUCGACGCCUCCGCUAGGCUCGAUCGUCGACUUUUCCGGCAUCGAUACACCGGGAGGAGCGAUGCUGCUCGAUGCUGCGCUCCCCUCGCCCUCGCCGUACGGGCUUGCGGACUGGACGGCGACGGAUGAGACCUCGCACGUGCCUGCCCUAACGGCGCACUUUGGAUCGAUUGCCCACUCGACUCCACUGCCGGCCAAGGCGGGGCGUAGAACCAAGUCGCGCUAUUCGGGUGCACAGCGCGUAGCGCUUGCACCGGACACAACGCCGCGUGCCAAACCGAGCCUGCUUCCACCGCAAGCCAAGAACCAGUGGCUGGCAGUGUACGAAUCCGACGCCGUGGAAAGCCCCAUGUACGAGCGCGAACACGACUCGUUCCGAAACGGAUGGCUGGACGACGAUAUCCCCGAUCUGCCCGAGUUCACCAUCGACCAUGCCAAGCCAGCCCCAGCACCGGCUGCCAACGCGAAGAGCAAAAAAGUCAAGCCAAGAGCGUCGAGCAAGCUCGUCAAGCCAGGUCCAAUGGCCCGCACUUUCUUCCGCUGA